AAUGGGUGGAGAGAAACGCUCCGAGCCAAGGGAACUUGGCUCAUUUACUCCAGGCAUGAAUUCCAGGCUUGCCACCUGGGCAAAACUGGGACCCAGAGCUUCUGCCGGCUGCAACUGCGCAUGCGUCCACGCCGGCGUGGGAGGAGGGAAUGGAAAUGAGGCUGGGCCCAGCAGCUAGCGAAGCUCCCGCCUCCUCUGCCCGCCCCGUCGCCCAGCGGUGCAGCUCCGUGGGUCCGAAGGCAGCGAGGCAGCGGCUGGGGCACCCGGAGCGGCCGAGGAGGGUGGGGCUCGGAGCCCCGCCCCAAAGGAGGGGCAGUCCCACAGGUCUCCCUUCUGUCCUCCACGGCCACAAUCCACACCGCGGGUGAAACUUACCAACUAGAAAGACGAGGUUGACGCGGCGUCAAUGGACUGAGACUGAGCCCAAAGCCUGGUUCCUGUGUCAGCAAGAUGCUGGAGCGAGGUGCGAAGUCCAAGGCUGAGGGCACAAAUCCUAGUCCUACUGGCAAGGAGCCCGUGACCAAAGGAGUUGAGAGCGACCCUGCCUCUCCCCACCAGGCCCCGCCGCAGAAGCCCAGCCAGUCUGCUCCAGGGCCCUCCAAGUCUGGGGGUACGCCUUCCCGGGCCCGCCGGCGGCCCCCACCCCAGCGCCUGCACCGCUGCCCUGACUGUGACAAGGCCUUCUCCUACCCGUCCAAGCUUGCCACACACCGGUUAGCCCACGGCGGCACCCGACCCCACCCGUGCCCCGACUGCCCCAAGGCCUUCUCCUACCCCUCUAAGCUGGCAGCCCACCGCCUCACACACAGUGGUGCCCGCCCGCACCCCUGCCCGCACUGCCCAAAGGCCUUUGGCCACCGCUCCAAGCUGGCAGCCCACCUCUGGACCCACGCUCCCACCCGUCCCUACCCAUGCCCUGAUUGCUCCAAGUCCUUCUGCUACCCCUCCAAACUGGCAGCCCACCGCCACACACACCAUGCCAAUGACGCCCGCCCCUAUCCUUGCCCACACUGCCCCAAGGCCUUCUCAUUUCCCUCCAAGCUGGCUGCCCAUCGCCUAUGUCACGACCCCCCCACCGCACCAGGCAGCCCAGCCACUGGUCAACACCGAUGCUCCAACUGUGGCCAGGCCUUUGGCCAGAGACGCCUCCUGCUCGUUCAUCAACGCAGCCACCACCAGGCAGAGGGCCAGGGGGAGAGAGACUGAGCUCUCCCUUUGGCUCACAGGCGGCCCCUUCCAGCCAGCUCCGGUCAAUAAAAAGGUGGGAUUUCUAAGCCCUGCUGUAUGGACUUGGCUCUUCCAGAUAGCUGGCAGGGUGAAAGAUCUGCCAUUUACACUGGGUUCAGAAUUAGAAGCCUGAGGAACUCUGCUCACCUGGAGGGGCAGGUGUCAACCUGAAUUAACACUGGAUCCCAAACCAUGGACCCGGAGCUGUGGUUCAGUGGGACUGGUUCAAUCUGGUUCUUCCCACCCAUUUAUAUGGCAAAGGUAAAGCCUGCUAGCAUCCUGGGUUGCUGCGGAAUGUGGGCAAACAGGCUCUCUCCUUGCAGAAAGUUUAACUUGGUAUCUCCACCUUGGCCACGUGACUGGUUCUAAGACAUUUAAAAUAUACACAUUUGCUGGUUUCAACUAUUCCACUUGUAGGAAUUUCUCCCAUAAACUCAAAACAUGUCAAGACAUAAAGGUAAGGCUGUCCACUGCGGGAUGAUGGUUUCCAAAGACUGGCAACAGCCCAUAUGCCUGCCCAUGAGUGGGGGCCAGCUAAUGAAUGACAGGAGAGCCACAGAGUGGACUGUGUAGGGAGAGGGCAGCACUGUUACAGAUGUGAAAAGAGCCCUGAGAUGUACUAAGUGAUGAAGGCAAGCUCAGGGAAACACCCAAACCGCAGAACUAGCCCUGCCACUCCUCAGGGGUCUGGGGGGCCUCAGACAAGAUUUGUCACUUGUCCAAACUCAGAUGCCUCAUCUGUAAAAUGAGGACAUUCUAAGGCAUUUUUAAGCUUCCCUUUUGGAGUUUAUUCUCCUACCAUAAUAAGGAUGAGUGUGCUCUGUUCCAGAUAUAUAUUAAGCACCUACUGUGUGCUGCACCCCAUGUGGGGUGUUAGGGACAUAGCAGUGAAGACAGACCUGGUCUAGUACGGAGAGCAGACAGAAAUCAAGCCAAGCCAGACCCCCAACCCAAAAAACAAGCCAGGUCCAUUUACAGGACAAGUGUGGGAGCCUUGGUCCACUGCCCCCUCCACAAGGAUUACCUCAAGGCUGUAGUGACAUCUUUCUUGGGUGUUGGUUUGGAAACAGGCCAAUGGAAGGGAACUGAGAGCUCAGAAAUGGGCCUGUGCUUAUACUGACAGACUAUCUGUAGAUCAGAUAGUCUGUCAGUAUAAGACUAUCUGAGGGCCAACUUUUCCUGAGGGCCAGACCGUAUAUAUUCUUAGGUUAUAUAGGCCAUGUGUCUGCCACAAUUAGUCACCUCUGCUGCUGGAGCAGAAAAGCAGCUAUACACAUUAUUAUGCACACGUGAAGGAGUGUGGCUGUGUUCCAACAAGUUAUUUACCAAAAAACACUAGGUGAGCUGGAUUUUGCCUUAGGGCCCAGUUUGCCAACCCCUACUGUGGAUGAGUGGGUAAAGGGUAGACUCAGUACUGAGCUGAAAAAUAUGGAGGAAAAUUAAAUGGGAUCCUGUGGUGUACAGAACAGUGCCUACCUAAAGAUGCUUACAUUCUAACCCCCAGAACCUUUGCUAGCCUACACGUGGCAAAAGGGACCACAGGCAGACAGAUCUUGAAGGACUUCUUGAGAUGGGGAGAUGGUCCAGAUUUUGAGUAGGUCCAGUGUGAUCACAAGGAUCGUUAUAUGGGAACAAGAGCAGCGUUAAGAGUCAGAGGAGAGGUGAAGGUGGAAGAAGAGAUUGAAGUGAUAAAAGGACCCUAGCUGAGGAUCUGGGCAGCCUCUAGAAGCUAGGAAGGGCAAGGAAAUGGAUUCUUCCUUAGAGCCUCAAGACCUGCUGAAGACCUGUGGACACCUUGAUUUUAGGACAAUGAAGCUGAGUUUGGACUAAAUAUAUGUUGUUUAAAGCCA